AGAGAGAGAGAGAGAGAGAGAGAGAUCUUGCUUUGUAUUGCGCAUGCGCCCGUAGCAGAAGGCCGUUUAAACGGUAGCGCGGAGUUCGUUUAAACCGUUAGAAUGGACCUUCGCAACGGUCGGCCUGUUUUGGCAGGUGUUGUAGCAUAUGUUGAAGUAUGGUCAUCCAGCAGAACAGAAAACUACUCAAAAGCCUUUACUCAACAGCUCCUUGAUAUGGGAGCAAAAAUUUCUAAGACUUUGAAUAAACAAGUUACUCAUGUGAUCUUUAAAGAUGGAUUCCUGUCUACGUGGAAUAGAGCUCAAAAAGCUGGAAUUAAACUAGUGUCAGUACUUUGGGUAGAAAAAUGCAGAGAAGUUGGAAUACAUAUUGAUGAGUCAUUAUAUCCUGCAAUAAAUACUAAUGAAGGGUUGCCUCAGUUUAUUAAAAAGCACAAAUGCAUGCAGCCCAAAGAUUUAUUUGGAAAAACUCCAGAGAAAGAUCGUAGAUUACAAAAAAGAAUGGAAACUAUGGUUAAAGAAUUAGAAAUGCAAAGAACAGCAACAGAAACAGACAUACCAGUUUUAUUAUUUGAAGAUGAUGGUUCACUGGUGUACAGCCCAGCAAGUAAAAUAAAGUAUCAAUGCAGUAUAAUGGAGAAAAGAAUAAAGGACAUGAAAGAGAAAAGAGAAAAUGUUUCCCCUACUGCUUCACAGUUAUCUCAGAUGUCUGACACUGAUCCUGCUGUUGUGUCUACCACAUCAACUUCAGCAUUGACUCCAGAACUUGAGAGUAAUCACCUUUUAAAUUCAAGUUUUGCCAAUUUGGUUGGAAGUCCUGAAACUGAGAACCUUGGAAAAAAAUCAAGGAACUGUUUAGCUAAUACUGAAAAUGUGAUGGAUGUUUCCAGAGCUGAAUUAUAUACCUCUUCUGAUUCUCCAAGGGACUCUCAACGUACAGGCCUAAAGCGAUUGAGUGGUAAAGAUUUACAUAAAAAUUCAAUCUUACUGAAUGACAAAGGAUGUGAUUUCCCUGUCAAAAAGUCAAUAAUGCCUUCAACCCCAGAAUGCAAAGAUGGUAUUGACUGGUUUUUAGCCAUUGCUGAUCAUCCCCUUCCUCAGGUGAAAAAUGUGGACCAAACAGUUUCUGCCAAAAAUCUGGUCCAUUGUGAACUUACUGAAAAUACCAGCAGCAGUAGUUCUGAGAAUGACUUUUCUUCAAUUAAUCUAAUUGAUACUCCAGUAAUGACUAAAAAUUCUUCUCUUCGUAAACAACAAUAUAGAAGGAAAUCAAGCCUUAAACUGAAGGCUUCUAUAUCACAUAAAGAACCUCAGAAUGAUUUCUUGCUUGCGUUGCUUACUCCGAGUAAGUCUGCUAAAGAUCAAGAUACUUCUUUUGAAGAUUGUUUUUCAUCUUCUAACUUUACUAAAAAUAAAAUAAGAGCCAGCCUCCUUCCAUGUCAGCAAAAGUUACAGAAUAAUAAAGAAAUGAUGUAUAAUUCUCCUAGAAGCAAAUUAGAAAGUAUGUUGCAACAUUCUAGUCCAGUAAAUGCACGUUAUAACAGAAAGAGGAAAAGAGUGACUGAUAUUACUGAGGAUGCAGUUAGUGAGCCCAGCUUAUCUACCCCUCUUCAAAGGAGAAAAACAGGUGUAAAUUGUACAUCAAAUGGUGAAAAUGGAAACAUAAUAGAAACAUCAGACUGUUUUUUAAAUUCCAACGUUCGGGAACAGAUCACAAUCAGUUCUGCAGCUGAUAAUGCCAAAUUUUCAACGAGUGAUGCCAAAAAUGCUGCUUGUGAACUUUUGGGGAGCCAUGUGAAUGAGCCUGAUAGGAAAUUAAAGAUUAGUAGGAGAAUUAAAAAGCCAAGAACUGAGGAUCACUCAGGAAUCCCAUACAUGAAGAAACCCUACAUGUGUACACAGGGCUCCUUCAUGCAGCCUUUGAGAACCUUAGUCAUGACAAGCAUGUCCCCUGAAAUGCAGAAAGUAACUCUGCAGGUGCUGAAGAAGCUGGGUGGUUUUCUGACUUCUGAUGAAGUAUGCAAAAGUACAAGUCAUGUAAUUGCAGGGAGCCCCCGCCGGACUUUAAAUAUACUUAUGGGAAUUGCUCGGGGCUGCUGGAUUGUCUGUUAUGAUUGGGUUUUGUGGUCUCUGGAACAUGGCUAUUGGAUUUCUGAAGAGCCAUUUGAACUGUCAGUGGAUUUCCCUGCAGCUCCUAUUUCCCGAUUUCAGCACAAUAUUCUUAAAGAAAAAGGGUAUCAAAAACUCUUUGCCAAUCAACCUCUAAUGUUCAUAUCUCGUAUAAGUCAGCCCCCCUAUCAGAAGCUCUGUGAGUUGGUACAGCUUUGUGGAGGAAAAAUAUGUAAAACCCUCCGUCAAGCUAAAAUUUGUAUUGGACAGUGCAAAGUUGGAAAGUAUGUGGAUAUGCAAUGUUUAUCAGAAAAAUGGAUUAUAGAUUCAAUCACCCAGUACAGGAUCUGCCCUCUUGAAAACUACUUGUUUCAAAACAAGGUUUAGUCUGCAUCAAGGAUCAAUUAAUGUCAUAAAAUUUGGGUUACAUCUAAGAAAUGGAACAAUUAAUACUGUUGUGUUUCAGGUUUGUGAGUGCUGAACAGGUUGAAAGCCAAAUGUAUGUAUUGUAAAAACAAAAAUAAAAAAGGAUAAUGUUGAAAUGGGGAAAGGAACAGCAGUUCUAAAAUCUACACACAGUCUUACCCAAAGCAUGGUCUAGGCAAAAAAUACCACGUCAACAGGCAUUGAUUAGCUCAUUUAAUUAAAAUCUGUCAGCUGAGCUAGGACUUUAGACAAUUCCCAUUCCUCCUAUGAUCCCUUAACCUCCAGAGCAGACACUAUGUCACGUGGAUAGAAAUCUGCUCAUAUAAUGUUUGAUUUCAUCCAUUAUACUUAACCUAAGGAACUAUUUUAUCUUACUGGAUGUUACACUAAGCUGUAAAUAAAUCCAUCUGAUAUAUAUUAAGUCAAAGCCAAUAAACUAUGAAGACGUAGAUGAAGCAGACUAUUAUUUUUUUAAAAAAAUCUUUAUAAACAGAAAAUCUUGUCUGCUGCUCUUUAUGAACUUUUCACCAAAAUGCCACUUGAGGGUUACUUAACACACAAGGACCCAUCCUUCAUAGACAACAAACAUAUGUACCCCUUUAUUAAGUAACUUGCUGCCGAAGCAGCAAUAUAUCAUGGUCUGAAAUAGAAAUAUUUUAAUAAAAAGUGACAUGUGAACACAUGGUUCCCAGUAAACAGCAAAAUAGCGUUUUUUAAAACUUAUGUUUAAAAGUUUUUCUAUCAUAGUUUUUUAGCUCUCAUAAAUGUUUUACACACAAAAACCUGUCAUCAUUAAUUUAUGUAACCAAACAUUCCAAAAUAGCUUUCUCAUAAAUUCUCUAGAAAUGAAAUUUUAAAUUGUAUAUAGAGGAAUCUCUAGGGAAAACUGUUCAUUUUUAUAAAGCACAUAUGUAACACAUUUUACAAUAAGAUGCUAAUAAAGUUAUUUACAACAAGGUA